AUGAUGCUGAAAAUUCAGCUUUGCGUCACAGAAAUAACAUUUUAAAAUGUAUCAAAUUGUGUAAUAUACCGUUUUAACUAUUCUUGACCAAAUAAAUGCAGCUUUAAUGAGCAUAAGAUAUUUCUGAAAAAAAAUAAAUAAAAAAAGUCUUAUUCUCACCACGGCUGUAUUUAUUUGGUCUAUCUUGAAAGCACAAGAACAAGGAUGACAACUGUUAAAGAAGCUCAAAAAUAAGUUUAGAUUUUUUUUCCAACAUUUUUUAUUUAAGAUAAUAGAAAAACACUUUUCUACUCUAAAAUGUGGGUGGGGAAAAAAACAAAACAAAAUAGGCAUGUCAAAAGUUUUGGUUGUUAGCGCAUUUUCUCAAGGAAAAGCAAUUAAAAAAAAUACUGUGUUGAUGGUUGAACCCAUCAAACAGGUUACCGUACUCAAAACACAUACCCGUUCCUUUUUCUUUCUCUUGCACUCACUUGCUCGCUAUGGAACUUGAUUACGUAGCUUAUAGCGUAGAGAGCGAGAACUGAAUUUAUUACAGCUAAUUAUUAGUCAAGAUAACUGCGUGAAAUGGCAGAGAAGUGUUUUGAAGACCUCGAUCCGUUCAACUGUCCCAUCUGUCUGGACACACUCCAGGAUCCAGUGACGAUUCCCUGCGGACACAACUACUGCAUGAGCUGCGUUAAAGACUACUGGGAUAAAAAUUGCAAAGGCACUGGUUACAGUUGCCCUAAGUGCAGGAAGACCUCGCCUCGACCGGUCCUCAACAAAAACACCAUGUUUGCAGAAGUAGUGGAGCGGUUUAAGAACACAGGCCUUCAGGAUCCUCCACCUGCACGUUAUGAUGGAUCUGGACACACAGAAAGAGAAAUCUGCACAGCAAAAACUCCAAAAGUGUCAAUGUGUCCUGAAAGUGAGGAUUUGUGCUGCAGGACCCACCUGAGAUAUCGUAACAAUGGCCAUCCCAGAGAAAAGCACACAGUUAUUGUUGUAAGCAGGGAACCUAAAGGAAAUAUUUGUUUGCGGCACAACAGGCUACUGGAGUUCUCUUGUCGCACAGACCAACGGUCCAUCUGCCCACUGGGUCUUAAUGAAGCCCACCAAGGACAUGAAGCGACAAAAACACUAGAGUGCAGUAUGACUCUAGAGAAACGAGAGCACAGGAGUAAAGACAAAACAACUGGACAUCGUAAAAAGAGAACUCAUGGCUCUAGGCAUAGACACGGACACAGGAGCGGACAGCCCCAGGGCUCGCGUGCUAAAAGAGGGCAUCAAACACACCGGCAUAAAAGUAAACACAGAGGUAAUUCACAUGGGCACAGUCAUGGUGCUGGACACCAAAAGAGACGACUGGGAAUCGUGGUCAUGUCAGGACCCGGCACUAGAAGAACCUCUGCGGAUAAUGUUAAAGCAGUUUGAACCUUGAUUUUGAGCACAAUGUUGUUUUCUUCAGGAAUGUUGCUUUUGCUAGAUUCAGGCAUCGACUGAAAGCUCACGUCAUUUCUUUUGUGAGUCAGCAAUCCAUUUCUGGAUACAUUAUGUUCAUUCUAUUGUAUUAAUGAAUAGUAUCAAUUAGCAUGAUUGUUUGAUGUUGUUUGUUGUUCUCAAUUCAGUGCUGGAUGUAACCACUACGUUCAACCGCAAGAAACACCUGACACCUAAAAUAACUUGUAGACUUAGAUUACAUUUUAUUAAUGUUGAAAACAGUUUUGAAGAGUUAAGAUGCUUCCUGAAUGUUGAUAUGAUAGAUAUGGAUAGUUUGUUUGUUUUUUUGCAGCUGCUCAUUUACUAAAAUGACUUGAUUUUGUGACUAGAUUUCAAGAGGAAGUUUCAUGAAUUAAGUUUAUUACUAGGUAAAUAAAUAUUUUUUAAACUUAGGUUUAUAAAUGCAUGCUCAUUACAAAAAUCAGUAUCUUGCAGUUUGAGAAAAAAAAAAAAAAAACUUGGCCUGGAAAUUACUUGGUAAAUAAUUCACAGUAAACUCAGUUAAUUUAUUUUUAGUGUUUGUAUUAGUUCAGUUUGGAACUUGCGAUUUUUUUCACUACUCUUAAAUAAAAUGAUUAAUCAUCUUUGUCUUGUUUCCAGUAGAAUGUCUUAUCUUCCGUCUCAUGUGAAUGUGUUUCAGGGAUGUUAACAUUAAUUGUAGCAAAAUUUACUGUGGUUUAAGUAUUUUUACUUAUUGUGACAACAGGUAAGAAAAAAAACUACUUGUUUUCCAUCAGUAAUUAGGAAUAUAUAUAUUUUUUUGGUUAAGCAUGCGCCUCAUUUCUCUUUUUUUUUUCUCCCCUCUCUCCUCAACAAUAAACGUAAUGUGGUACACUGGAAAAAUAUUAUAAAUAUUAAGCUACCCAGUGAGAACAUGAUGUGUUGUAAAUGACAGAACAGAGUUGUAAAAAACACUUUGAAAGAAUAUCAGAUCCGAUUACCCUACUCUACAUUACCUCAGUUCAGACUGAAAUAAAACCCCCUUCGAUAAACCCAAAUAACGUCUUUCUCUCUAUAGGCAUGUAUGGCUGAAGCAUGUUUAAUAACGACUCCGUAAACACCUCUUUUAGUUAUGCUCUUUAAUUAGUCCUGGAAAACAUGUAAGGCAAAAUGGUCACAUCACACACAGAAGCAUUAUGAACUCUACGGUCCUCAUGACCACACGCAGUCCAACCAACCCAGAGUCAAGCACAGAAACAGCAGCACUUCAGAUUCUCAAAAUUAUAUGAAGAAAGUUUUGAUGGAGGGCUUCAAGAAAUAAACAACACAAACAACCCGUGGUGCUUCUCUGACGUGUGUGGAGGGGGAGGAGCAUUAAUGCUGACGGAUAGGGGCGGGGUUUGGAUUUAGAACCAAUCAGUGAACAGGAAUGCAAGCUGGUGCCUCUGAUUGGCUCUUAAGUCAAAAAGCCAAGCAGGAAAGUUGGAACUGUAAUUCACAGAGUGUAAACGGAGACUUUUGUGACUCGAGAUCUUUCCAAAACAUCUCCGAAGUCACCAUGCAUCUUUAUUAGCGCAAGUAUGCAUCCGAAUGUACAUAAAAAGUGCAUUAAGACAGCGAGAUGUGUGCAGUGUGCAUUUGCGAGACAAAGAUAGACCCGUUACGCUGAGCAUGUGUGGGAAACAGUCCACAGUGACUCACUGUUUCCCAUAUGUGCCAGACAAGGCAAAUACAUCUGCCAUAUAAAUUUAGAGCUAAAAGCCUUCCGAAGCUUCAUUUCAUUAGUGGUUUCAUUAAUGCAUAAAUUAAUAAAUACAUUUCACUGUAGGCACACCAAACUGCACUGUUUGCGUAUCUAACAUAGCAAAUAAUGUCUAGGCGUGAUGCGAUUUAGCACUGGUUAAGGCUGCAUUUGCAGCAGGAAUUCUGCACUCUGCAAACCUGAGGGGCGUUUCCUGUUCUGGGAAAGCUAUUGGAUUGAGAGACUGAGGAAGGAAGCAGCUUGGCUCGAUCCGAGCCUCUCUCUGGCUCCCAGUCGCACAAUUCCAUAUCCACAAGAGAUACUCGCACCUGCAGCUGAGCUCAUUGUGGAGCCGUUCUGAGCUCCCAAAAAAAAAAAAAAAAAAAAGGAAGAGGAAGAA